AUGCUAAUAAGAAAGAGUAUAGUAUAUAAAGAAAGGAAGAAAAGUGUCAGAGUGUCUGCUUGGUGUGCUGGAAUAUGCAUAUUGGGUUAUCUAGUCAUGCUAAGCCAAGUGUAUACCAGAGUCUCUUUGAAUGAUAUUGAAUUACUCAAAAAAAAAGACUUUUUUAGCACAGAUGGAAAUACUGGUUGGAAAAUAGAUGUAAAUAGUGUACUGAACCCACUGGCUGCACUGAUGUGCACUAAAGCUGGAUUUAUAGACAGUAAGAGAUUCGUACCAGGUGGCAUUAAAAAAACUAAAACAACAGUGCGGUAUAUUGCAGAAAAUGAGUAUAUAUUAGAAGACACCCGUGACUUGAGAAUGGAUGAAUUAGACCAUAUAAAAGGUGAUAAUUACGAUAUACAAUAUAUUAAUGAUUAUAACAAAACGAUUGCUCUGAUGUUCCCCUCUAUGCAUGGGUAUGCAUCCAUAUGGUCAGACAGAGAAGACUCUUUUUUCUCUUUUAUUAAUAGGGUAGAUGUAAAAAAGCAUAAAUACAAAAUACUUGCCUCAUUGUUGCUGCUUGCAGAAGGAGUGAAUGUGCCAUUGGCAAUUAAUGAGAGUCAGAAUAAGAAAACAUUGGUUCUAGGCAAUAGGUUUAUAUUUUUCAAACACGUAAGAAUAGAUCUAAAAAGCUCGAAAAGUAGCAUAACUAGCAAGGAAGUGGGCGAUAACACGCGUUUGUUGGAUGUAGUCGAUGUGAUAAGUUUUUUCAUAAACAACAGGGCAUCGGUGUCUUUCAAAAAAAAACAGCAGAGUGACACCCUAGAUGAUUAUUCUAAAUUCAUGAAAGGUAUGUUCAUUAACAGUCCGGUUUUUCUUAUUCAAAUGUAUAUAUUUAACUGCAUGAAGAAUAGUGAAGAAACAAUGCUGUUGGUCCAAGAAGUGUUUAAUAUGCUGCAGAAAAAUCAUGCAGAUAAAGAAAGCGCAGCGCUAUUUAAUAAGUACUUCACAAGAGCAGAACAAAGUUCAGACUGGAAUAACAUUAUAAAAGAAGUCGAAAAUAUAGUACAAAAGGAAUUAAAGAAUGAUGUAGUAUUUCUUUGGAACCACACAGUGAAUUUGAGUCCAACUAUAUGCACUGCUUCCCAAGAAAAAAGCCCGAAUUCUUUAAACCCGAAAAACCCAAAAGCUCCGAAUGGACUCAAGUCACAAGUAGAUAGUGGCAUGGAUGUUAUGAAUAAGUAUCUAGAUAGCUAUUUAGCCAAUAAUAUAAAUAUUGAUAAAAACAAUGCUUUAUAUUUUAUUGACUACAUAGAAACAGUGUUACUUUCUCUGUUCUGCUGUGUAACACAAGAUUGUGAUGGGGACACGUAUACAACUAGAAAACUAUGCUCUGCCUCUGAGGGCCUGAAAAGCUUUUUUGAAAAACACCAGCACAUGUACGGAGUCGUGUCAAAUAAAAUGCAUGAAGAGUGGAACAAUGUGGUAAAAGAUCUGAAAGACCCAAAAAUAUGGUAUUUACGGAAAGAUUGCAACCAGCUCGCUCCUGGUCUGAUAAAUAUAAUGUAUACCUUUGCGAAGGUUGCCGGUAUAUAUCAAAUAAAACAGAUAGAUAAUAUUGCAGAGAAAAUAGAGCAGUUAUACGAUGAAAAAAUAAUGACUAAAAUUAAUACCUACAAGGAUAUGUUAUGUAAGAAUCCAUCCAAAACAGAGCAGAAAGAAAUCAUAAGCGAAAUUGAAAAAAUAAUAGGUGAGAAAAUUGAUAAUGAAGAAACACUCCCUUAUGAGUAUAUUUACAGCAUUAUUGAAAAGCAAAAUAAUCUGAUGGCGGAGUUAACAGAUGCCAUAAAUAAGUAUUUUAGUUCAGUAGUAGUUGAAAAAUAUGCGAUGAAUAAAAACCUAAAGAUAGUUGUAGCAGUGGAGUAUAAAGAGACCUCGAAGAAUGAAAGAAGCGAUUUGUUUGGGACAAUAUCGAUAACCCACAUGGAGAAUGUUUCUGGAGUAGCUGGGUUCAAUGAAAAUCAUGGCAAUUACAGCAGAUCUUUCUCCUUCUUGAUCAGUUCAAAGUGGGGCGAUCUAAAAGAAGCAAUCGAUAAGGGCACCACUCAAUUUGUAAAUAAUGCCCCAGUCGACAAUAAUGUUAUAACCACAGAAAAAGAUAAAUUAUAUCCUAAUUGUAAAAAGUGCACUGAAAGUGGAUGGUUCAUUAACUGGUGUCUAAGACUAUGCAUACAAGCAAGCAAUAAUCUAAGCAAUUACAAUUCUAGUAGUUUUUCAUAUAAAGAAAAAACUCUAAUGAAUAGUAUGGAGAUAGCCAAGCUUGAGAAACAAAAAGACAUUCUUCUUCUCAGUUUAAUGUUACGUGACAGAAACUACAAAAGAGAAUUUGCAUUGUAUCUCUCUAUAGAUAAGGAAAGCUCAUCUUUACUACAAAACGACAAUAUUUUACAGUUUAUUAAAAAUAAUGUUGUGGAAAUCCCUACCUCGUGUAAGAUGGAACUCUCAGAUAGAUUAAUUAUGCAUCAUAUCCAGCCUUUAAAUCAUAAAUACUCUGCAAAUACAUAUGUCAAUACAGAUAUAACCCGAAACAUAACUUACUUUACAAAGAAAGUACAGAGAAUAUUAGAUUUCUUUAAACAGUGGGACCCAAAUACAGAAACAGAGGAUACAAAUUUAGAUUCAUCUAAAAAGUCUAAAAAAGCUAUAAUUCCAGAUAUAAUUGGCCACGAACUAUUGUAUCGGAUAGAAAGAGUGAAUUUAAAUGUAAAAAUUUCAUUGGAGCGCAAGAUAGAAUUGGAAUUAUUUGACAAAAAUGUGCGUAUGCUAGCUGAGCUGGUUGUAAUGCGUUUAACAGACUCUAUCUAUUUUCUAAGCGAUACUCUUAAUUCUCAAAGUGACGAUGCUAAGAAGUCCUUUCUUAUAUUUCUAACAUGCGGAAAAAAACCCAUGAAGUACAUGAACAAGAUUCUUGAAGAUGUAGAUAAAAUAAGAAAAUCGGUUUAUAUCAAAGAAUACCAUAGGAAAAUUAAUAUUUUCUUGAUAAAAAUCAUUCAGCUUGCGCUUUAUUACAAAGAUACCGCAAAUUAUGAAGAUUUUAUAAAAGGCUGUUAUGAUAAAAUUGAUUUUAAGAUAUAUGACCAGAAAGCUACAGGGUAUAUAGGCGAAGUAGAAGAUGGAAGUCAGGGGUUGAAAAAUAUAGAAGGUAUAUUGUGCAAAGAAAUGAAACAGCCCAAUAUAGACGAGUUUAAAAGGAUACUAGAGAUGAAUUAUGCCAAUGAUAAAGCUACGAACACGGAUUGCUAUUUUUCUUUAAGCGCUCAUGUAAAAGAAUUGCCCAAACUCAAUCAUAACAGCUUACAAGCGUUCGACUCAGAAAUGUUCGACUCAGAAGCUUCCUACUUUGAAGAUACUAACCCGAAUAGCCCUAAUAACCCGAAUAGCCUGAAUAGCCCUAAUAACCAUAAUAGCCCUAAUAGCCCUAAUGACCAUAAUUCAGAAUCUACUGGAUUUGAUUUUGACACAACAGAUAUUGUUAGCUCAGAAGUUUCUAGCUCAGAACCUCCCAGCUCAGAAGAUGCCAACCAAAAACCUAUCAAUCCAAACCAUACCAAGUUAAAACCUACUAAGUCAAAAUUUACUAAGCCAAAGCUUACCGAUUCAAAACCUAUUGACCUAGAAUCUAUCGAUCCAAACCAUAACAAGUCAAAACCUACUAAGUCAAAAUUUACUAAGUCAAGGCUUACUGAUUCAAAAUUUACUAAGCAAACGAAUAGAAAGAAAAGGCGUGUCAACCCAAAACCUGCCAUCCAAAAGCUUGCUAACCCAUGA